AUGAUGAAUAUGGCUAAUAAAAGAAAUGAUCGAUCAAUGGUUGAUAAAAAUCUAGCUGAGACAAAGUCUGAUUUAACACUUCAUACAAAAUCAAAUCAUAUAAAAGAUAAACUCAAUGUAAAAAUUAAAGAACUAAAUGCAUCUUUUGGAAAGAUACUUCUUCCAUCAACGAUUGGAAUUCCACCAGGAAAUAGCAGUUCAGAAAAUCGUGCUCGUGAUCCUCGUCUUCUCUGGGCACCAGCUAUAAGUGUUAGCGGUAAAAAUGAUCAACCAUUUAUAACACCACAAUAUCAAAAGAAACAACGAAAUAUUGCUGAGAAAAGUGAACAAAUUAAAUUAAAUUCAAAAAUUGCAACAAAUACUGAUUUAAGUCAUUUAACAAGAGUAGGUAAUGAUAAAACAAGAUUACCCAUAUCGUUUAUUCCACAUAAAAUAAUUCUGCCAAAAAAAAUAUUAUCUAUAAUGCAACGAGGACCUGGUCCAACAAGUUAUCAACAUUAUAAAGAUUAUCAUCAAAUGGGCGAAGAAUAUAUUUAUACUCGACAACCUCGAAUUGUUAUACGUCCAUUAAUUGGUCCUAAAUUAAAACGCGAACAGCAUAUAGAUAAUAAUGAUAUGAUAUUAUCUCAAAAGAGAAAAACAAUUCCAGAUAUAAAACCAUUUUGGACAACGAUAGGCACUCGAACACACGACUCUCGCUUACCCAAUGCUCCAGUUUCUACAAUUCAUCAUCGAUUCAAUAUGACAUUGGAUGCAGAAGAAAAAAACAAUAAAUUACGAGGAAUGACUAUGCCCGGACCAGCUAUGUAUCCAAUGAUGACUAACAAUGAAGGAAUGAAAAGAGAUUUAUGUGGAAUUCGAGGUGUGACCAUAGCGCCAAGAUAUCGUGAUAAGCGUUUAGCAUUAUCUGGACCUGGACCAGCAAUGAUUGAACGUGAAUUAUUAGAUAAAGGAUAUAAAAAUAUUCUAAAAACAUCUCCAGCUUUUUCAAUGUCUUCUCGUUGGCCUCCAUAUUCACAUACAUAUACUGAUGAAUGUUCUGACAAUUUCUUUUAA